CUCUCUCUCUCCCUCUCCCUCUUUACUUCUUUCUAGAUUGUUCUUUCCGUUGCUAGUACUUCUAGAUCUCGAAUCCACUUGCUCAGAUCUCUGAUCUUCAAUCCCUGCAUCGAUGAUCUGUGGAGAAGGCUCAGAAUUGUGAGCUAUAACGAUUUUGUGUAUCUUCAGCUCAAACUCGAGCUCCUGAUUUAGUCUCAUGUGAUUAUCAGAAACCUUUUUAGCGCUAGAUCUCGUCGUGUGUGUAGUAGGGAUUCACUUCCUGGAUUGUAUAGUUUUAUGAGUAAUCGAGCAUCGAAUUUUAGCUUUAGGAAACUGGAAUUACAAUCUAGAAGAUUGGGGGUGAGGGGGUUAGGUUUGGAGUUCGAUGCGGUGUCGUUUUCAAAUGUCAGAGCUUCAUGACUUAGCUAGCAGAAUCCAAAUACUACUUUAGAGACUUACUAAUAAUAUACAUGAGUAUUACUGCUACUGAGAAAUUAAAGGGUGUUUCUUGUUUUUUUUCUCUAAAACUAACUGGUUCAGGUGGGAGCUUGAUGUCUAUAUUGGUUAUUGGGGUGCUGAGAUCUGUAUUGAUUUAAGAUAGUAAGAGAUGAGUUACACGGCUGAGAGUGAUGAUGAUGGUAUGCACUCACCAGCUGGUGAUAGUAUUGGUGGUUAUGGAUGCAAGAGCCGAGGGAAAGGAAGUGUCCUGAAGAAAGGACCGUGGACUUCGACUGAAGACGGGAUUUUGAUUAAUUAUGUGAGGAAGCAUGGAGAGGGUAACUGGAACGCUGUGCAGAAAUACACGAGCCUGGCUCGUUGCGGGAAAAGCUGUCGUCUCAGGUGGGCUAAUCAUCUUAGGCCGAACUUGAAGAAAGGAGCGUUUAGCCAAGAAGAGGAACGUCUCAUUGUUCAAAUGCAUGCCAAGAUGGGGAAUAAAUGGGCACAGAUGGCUGAACAUUUGCCUGGUCGAACAGAUAAUGAGAUAAAGAAUUAUUGGAACACUCGUAUCAAGAGGCGCCACCGAGCAGGCUUACCGCUUUACCCUCCUGAACUCCACGUUGAAGAUCUGCAGUUGAGUGAGGAGUAUACCACGAGCAAUGUCACCAGGGUAAAUAGAAGAAGACAUCAAGAUAUCUUGCAGUUGGGGAAUUCCAAGGCAGAUGUCUUGUUUGACGAUCUUAAUUUUGCUACCAACUUGUUACCUGGAGCUUCUGACGUAUUAGAUAUGUUCACAUGCAACAUGCUAGGAACUGGUGCGAGUAGUUCCCCGUACGAAAGCUACAUGCCACCAAUACUGCCUUCCCCAAAGCAGCUCCGAGAAUCUGGAUCUCUGUUUCCCUUGUGCAGCAGUAACAUAAAGCAAGAGUUCCACUCUCCAGAACCUUUUCAGAAUCCAAGAUCUUGCAGUAUCUCGCCUUGUGAUGUUGGUCAUCAUUCUCCUUACGGAAACCAACGUCCAUCUGAUGUGAUGAUUUCAGAUAGCCAUGCCUUUAUGGAUGGCAUGCUUCCUACUUCUAAGCCCUUGUUUGGGGCAGUGAAGCUGGAGCUCCCUUCAUUCCAAUAUUCAGAAACUAGUGGGUUUGAUCAGUGGAAGACGACCACACCGUCACCUCCACACUCAGAUCCUCUUGACUCUGUUGAUGCUUAUAUUCAGUCUCCGCCGCCAUUGGAGAUUGAAGACGAGUCAAACUGUUUCUCGUCAUGCGACACUGGCCUACUAGAUAUGUUACUUCCCAAUGCCAAGAUCAAAACUAGUGCAAAGCGUAGUUUGGCUCUCCCCGAGAUUCCAAUUCCCACGCAACUUAGUGCAGGUGAAACUUCAGCAGAUUCUGCAGGGAACGUUGUGAAGACAGAAGAGUUGGAUCAGGUUUGGGAACCAAAGAGAGUUGAUAUAACACGGCCCGAUGUUUUACUUGGAUCGAGCUGGCUAGACCAACAAGGCUGUUUCGGGAUUGUUAGAGACUCCAGCAACAUGAGUGAUGCGCUUGCGCUUCUUCUCGGUGGUGAAGACAUUGAAAACAGUUACGUGACUGUUGGGUCAUCAUCAUCAGGUCAAGCACAACAAGGAGUUGGGUCUUGCACAUGGACUAAUAUGCCUCCUGUUUGGUCCUUGUAACAACAUGAACCACAUCACAGUUUGAUCUUUCUAUAUUUUCAUGCUAUACUUCACUUCCUUUGAGGACUUCAUGGUUUGUUAUAGUUGAGACUUGAGACUUGAGACGAGAGAUUUAUGAACUUAAAGAAAA